AUGUUACCGGCUAUAUUAAUUAUAAUUCAUUUAUAUGUUCUAUAAGUUUUAUUUUUAUAUCCUUUUGUUCGUUAUAGCAAAAUAUACAUUAUAUUUUUCUAUGAUUGCACAUUGUGAUUAGCGCGUAUUAAUAGGUGCGUGUAACUUCGUAAUAAUUAAAUAGUGAUAGUAACGUGUGUCGCCCAGAUAAGUGCGUCUCAAGACAUAGCAGAAAAGAUGUCGCAAAAAUUACCAGCUACUAUGAAGGCCGUCGGUCUUUACAAAUAUUUGCCGAUUUCUGAUACGAAUAGUCUUCUCAAUUUAGAAAUUAGCUUGCCAGAGCUACGGAAGCGAGAUGUUUUAGUCAAAGUAAAAGCUAUUGCUGUUAAUCCUAUUGACACGAAACAGCGUGCGCCAAAGCCUAAAGUAGAAAUAUCUCCAAGGAUUUUGGGAUGGGACGGAGCUGGCGUUGUAGUAGCAAAAGGAGUAAAUGCCAGAAUACACAACAUAGGCCAGGAAGUAUUUUUUACAGGAAACCUAGCCCGAAAUGGUUCUAAUGCAGAAUACAUUGCUCUGGAUGAAGUUCAUGUGGCACUGAAACCGACAAAUCUGACAUUCGAGCAAGCAGCAGCUAUGCCAUUAACAAGUGUAACUGCUUAUGAGUCUUUGUAUGACCGGUUAUUAUUAACGGAAAAAGACAAGGGCAAAUCUAUCUUGAUUAUAAAUAGUGCUGGCGGUGUUGGCUCCGUAGCCUCGCAACUGGCAAAACAUUUAGGGCUCAAAGUUAUUGGCACCGCAUCUCGCUCGGAGACCAAAGCGUUCUCAAUUGAUAAUGGAGCUGACAUAGUACUCAACCAUACUCAGGAUUUGUUGCCCCAGUUGAAAGAUAUUGGAUACGGCAAUGGAGUUGAUUAUAUUCUAGUCAACUAUGACCCUUAUCCAUACUGGGACACAUUGAUGACAGCCAUAAAGCCGCAAGGAAGGAUCUGUUUGAUAGUUGACAGUAGUGGUUUAGUUGAUUUAAGGCCACUUAAAGAAAAAAGCAUUACUCUGGUUUCUGAACAAAUGGGUACAAGAAUUAAAUAUGAAACAGAAGAUAUCUUUCGGCACCAAGAAAUUUUACAAACAGUUUCACAGAUGCUUGAAAAGGGGGACCUGAAAUGUACUCUCACAAAAGUUAUGAAACCAAUUAAUGCUGAAAAUCUGAAGGAAGCUCACAGACUUUUGGAAGAACAACAUUUAAUUGGAAAACUAGUUUUAUCUGGUUUUUAAGAAAGAAAAAUAUAUUGGUACCUAUAAUGAAUUAUGAGAAAAAUAUCAUUUUCUUAUAUUAAUUACUGUUAACUAUUAUUUAGGCAUUUAUCUUUGUUUCAUA